GCACCUUUUUAAUGUGUGCGCUACUGGAACGCCUGGUUUGCUACUCAUAAAAUAUUAGUAGCCCAGUGACCAUCCGGAUGGAUCAACGUAUACUAAAGAUUGAAGAACAUGUUAACGAGACAUUAAAGAAAGAUUUAAAAAAAACUUUAGAUGCUGGAGAUGUAAUCUAUGGACAAAUAUCUGAAUACUUAGAAUUAAAAAAUCUCAUUGAAAAGAUGAGAGAUAUUGACGUACCUCAAACUAAUUUAGAAACAAAAGUGAAUGUGGGAAGUAAUAUUUAUGUAAAUGGAAUCAUUCAUUCUCUUGAACCUAUUGCAGUUGAUAUCGGUCUUGGCUUUUAUCUUGAAUGUAGUCAUGCAGAAGCUUUAAAGUUGAUUGAAUCACGUGUUUCUAUCCUGAAUGAACGCGCUAAUCUGUACAAGAAAAAGGCGAUUUCUAUAAAGGCUCAAAUUAAACUCUUUUUAGAAGGUCUCCGUAAACUUCAAGAUAUCAAAUGAAAGAAAAAAACAACUUUAUUAAACAGCAGCUUGUAAAUGUGUAUAUAUUUAUACUGAUUUAUAUUUUCUUACAAAGAAUAAAUUCUUCCAAGU